GCUCCAGGGAACCGGUCACUGUUGACUGGACAUCUGAGCCUCCCUACCUGCUGAAGCCAUAUAAAGUCUUUGGAGGCACACUUCCAGCUGCCCACUGCAAUCAUGAAGGCUGUCCUCUUUGUCCUGGUGGCCACCUACUUCACCCUCCAGCCAGGUGCUGCCCUGCAGUGCUAUUCAUGCACAGCACAGGUGAGCAACAAAGACUGCCUCAAUGUGCAGAACUGCACCCAGGACCAGAACAGCUGUUGGACAUCUCGUGUCCGGGCCAUUGGACUUGUGACAGUUAUCAGUAAAGGUUGCAGCUCAAACUGUGUGGAUGACGCUGAGAACUACUACGUGGGCAAGAAGAACAUCACCUGCUGCUACUCCGACCUGUGCAAUGUCAAUGGGGCCCACACCCUGAAGCCGGCUACCACCACCCUAGGGCUGCUUACUGUGCUCUGCAGCCUGUUGCUGUGGGGUUCCAGCCAUUUAUAGGCUCUAGGAGAGCCCUACUAGAGCCUCUACUGUGCAGGGAUGCCCCCCCCCCACAACUCCUAACAUCCAAACAGAGCUGACCUUUGCCCUGCCCCUUUUGGUUCUCCCUCCUCUCUGCUGCAUCUAUUUCUCCAGCUGGCGCUUUGCUCCACCCCACCAGUUCUGCUCUGGCUCUUCUGCUACAGGGCUCCCGGGCCACCCUGCUCCCUAGGAGCUGAGCCAAUCUGCACAGCAGCUCUUGGGAAGGGCCUGGCGAAGGCUGAGAUGAGAUGGACUGGGCAGAAAUGAAGCUGGGAGGUGGGUGUGAGGUCCUGGGAGUCCUAGGAGAUGAGCCUGAUAGGCAGACCUGCCCUGUGUUUAUAGAGACCCAGAACACAGUAGGCCUGUAAUAAAUUACUGUUGGGUAA